AAUCGAGUUCGGGUUGCCUACUGUUGUCGCUUCUUGAUGACGUAAUGUUUGGAUUCUCACGCGGAAGCGAGUCGUGCUAUAGUUCAUUGUCAAAGGUGUUAACCAGCGGUUUUUCUUGACAAUGGCCGAAAGAACAGAUAACGGGAUUAAGGCACGAGUGGUCCUGCAGCAGUGUCUACAUGCACGACUCCAGGUUAAACCUCCAGACGCCGAAAUUGAUGCUGAAUGGGUUGAGAUCAAUAGAGGGAUGGUGAUCUACAUUUGCUUUUUCAAAGGCGCCACUGAAGAUAUAAUCCCCAAAAUGGUGACCACAUUGCUAAACAUGAAGCUUUGUGAGACAUCUACUGGAAAAUACACCUCAGUCCUUGAACUACCUGGCAGUGUUCUUAUUGUACCCCAGGCCACACUUGGGGGGAAACCAAAAGGAAAGGGGAUGCAGUAUCAUUGUAACAUUGGGAAGGAUGAAGGGCUGAAGCUCUAUAACACCUUUGUGUCUCUUUGUCAAAGUGAACUCUCUGCCUGCCAAAAAACGAACACGUUUACAGAGGUGAAACAUGGAACUUAUGGAAACAGACAGGUCCUGAAGCUAGAUACAAAUGGACCUUAUACUCAUCUGAUGGAGUUUUAAGAGUGGAAAGUUUACAUUUUUUGUAAUGUGAUCAAUGCGGACCACUUUUAUAGUUUCACUCCUGAAUUAAAUAUAUUUAAAAGCCUGUAAAAUAGGUUUGUGUUUUAUGCGUUAUAUUCAAGAGUGUUGCAUGCUGUAUUUGUCUUUCCUUCAAGUGUGUUAUUGCUUUUUCUAUAUAAAUGACAACAAUGCCAAAGCCAAACAUUUUAAUUGCUAAUAAUACAAAAACAGUACAGAUAUAUGUAAGGAUAACGUAAA